UCCCAGCCCUUCGGGGCGGCUUGGCGGUGGGCUCAGGCUGCUCGGUGCCCAGAUUUUUGCUGGCAGAAGGCGGCCGGCGGUGCCUGCGUGGAUUGGCUGCCCCCCUGCUCCCCUCUCCCUCUCGCGGUGCGCAGCCCCAGCCAGCACCGCCGAAUCUCGAAACAGCCCGAUUUACAUCCAUUCAUGAAUCUGUGACGUCAGCACGCUUCUGUGCUUCUUUGCAGCAGGCUGCAGGAUUGUGUGGGUGGAAUUUCCUUUUAUUUUGUAACACUUCCUUUUUUUUUUUUUUGUGCCUUCCAUCUUUUUAAAACAAGAAAAUGGAGCAUCACAUAGGAAAUCUUAAUCCUUGUACUGGGUCCAUGUGUCACAUCUGAAUUGUGUUGUACUAAUCCUCUAAGUACCAACUCGGACCAUCUCCUUGAUGCACACUCACAGCAUCAUGGCCAGUACUCAGGAGCGCCUGAGCUUGUCUUCCUCUCCAAACUCAAUUGGCAAAGCUUUCUGUGAAGAUAAAGACUUUAGUAGGUUACAUGAUGAACAUGUACCUACUGGAAACCACCCGUCCCCCGAACUCGUAGAAGAUGUGCGUGAGAAGGGCUUUCUGCAAGCAGACCUCGUUGAAAACAUGAGCAGCCCGGUCACUGCAGCAGUGCUGACCAGCAUCAGUGAGGACUCUAGGGACCAAUUUGAGAACAGCGUGCUGCAGCUGCGAGAGCAGGAUGAAUCUGAAACAGCCAUUCCUCAGGGCAACAGGAACACUAUGGAUGGAGAGGGCAACAGUGGAGCGGAUGAUGUUAAAGUCCAGUUCAACAGAUCAGGCAGUGGGAGUGGAGGGUUUCUUGAGGGACUUUUUGGUUGUCUGAGGCCCGUGUGGAACAUCAUAGGCAAGGCAUACUCCACAGACUACAAACUGCAACAGCAAGAUACCUGGGAGGUCCCGUUUGAGGAGAUCUCGGAGCUGCAGUGGCUGGGCAGCGGUGCGCAGGGAGCUGUCUUCCUGGGCAAAUUCCGGGCGGAAGAGGUGGCCAUCAAGAAAGUGAGAGAUCAGAACGAAACGGAUAUCAAGCACUUGCGGAAACUCAAACAUCCUAACAUCAUUGCGUUCAAGGGAGUUUGCACUCAAGCCCCAUGCUACUGUAUUAUCAUGGAGUACUGUGCACAUGGACAGCUCUACGAAGUCCUGCGAGCAGGGCGGAAAGUCACCCCUCGGCUGCUUGUGGAUUGGUCCACGGGGAUUGCAAGUGGGAUGAAUUAUCUGCACCUUCACAAAAUCAUCCAUCGAGACCUCAAGUCACCAAAUGUUUUAGUUACACACACAGAUGCAGUAAAAAUUUCAGAUUUUGGUACAUCUAAAGAACUCAGUGACAAAAGUACCAAAAUGUCUUUUGCGGGAACUGUGGCUUGGAUGGCCCCCGAGGUGAUACGCAAUGAGCCCGUCUCUGAAAAGGUGGAUAUCUGGUCAUUUGGGGUAGUUUUGUGGGAGCUGCUUACUGGAGAGAUUCCCUACAAGGAUGUGGACUCUUCGGCUAUCAUUUGGGGAGUGGGCAGUAACAGCCUGCACCUUCCUGUCCCUUCCACCUGCCCAGAUGGCUUCAAAAUCCUCAUGAAGCAGACCUGGCAGAGCAAGCCUCGGAAUCGUCCCUCCUUCCGGCAGACACUGAUGCACCUGGAUAUCGCAUCUGCUGACGUACUGGCUACUCCUCAGGAAACCUAUUUCAAAUCACAGGCUGAAUGGAGAGAAGAAGUGAAGAAACAUUUUGAGAAAAUUAAAAGUGAAGGAACUUGUAUCCACCGACUAGAUGAAGAAUUGAUUCGUCGUCGAAGAGAAGAGCUGAGACAUGCAUUGGAUAUCCGUGAACACUAUGAGAGGAAGCUGGAACGAGCUAAUAACUUAUACAUGGAGCUCAGUGCUAUUAUGCUGCAGCUAGAGGUCCGUGAGAAGGAGCUCAUAAAGAGGGAACAAGCAGUGGAAAAGAAAUACCCUGGGACUUACAAACGUCACCCAGUCAGACCAAUAAUCCACCCCAAUACAGUGGAGAAGCUGAUGAAGAGGAAAGGGGUCUCCCAUAAACCGGGCAGCCAGACUAAACGGCCAGAUCUACUGAAGUCAGAGGGCAUACCCAGCACAGAAGCAGCAUCCAAUGGCUCACCAGUCUCAGGGAGUCCCAAAAUGUCAACAUUGAGUGGCAAAAGCCGCUACCGCAGUAAGCCACGUCACCGCCGAGGGAACAGCAAAGGCAGCUACAAUGAUUUUGCAGGGAUCUUGAAAAACCAGCCAGUGCAAGAUGAUGCACCCCCACCUCCACCUCAUCAUAAUUCUCAUCACCCCGGCCUACCGCACCAACCUGGCCACAGCCAUCCCCAUGGCCAUCACUCACGGCUUCAUGCCCAUGGACAAGAUAUUGCCAACUGCGCAAACAACUUACGGUACUUUGGCCCCGCAGCAGCGCUGCGGAGCCCUCUCAGCAACCACGCGCAAAGGCGGAUGUCUGGUUCCAGCCCCGAUCUCAUCUCCGCUGCCAUGGAAGCAGACUGCCGAAGGAAUCUGGAGAGCAAAGAAGGCAGAGCUGAUCAUUGGGAGUGUUGCAAACCAGAUCCAUAUAAUUCCUGUCUGCAGUGCAGGGAGGAGGACAGUGGUCAGGUACAGAUGUCAUCUGUUGAAACAGGGAUGAGCCAUUCUCAGUCACCAACAUCUGUUUCCCUAUACGAAAAUGCGCAGUUCAUUGAGAAAAUGGAGGAGGAGGGCUUCAGCAGCUGUAAGUCAGCGUCUGCACUAGGCACUCCCCAGCACAUGGCUUCCUCAGUGCUACCUUGCAAAGCAAGACCCCUUCAAAAGAGUGGUGAUGACUCUUCAGAAGAGGAAGAGGGCGAAGUAGACAGUGAAGUGGAGUUUCCUCGUAGACAAAGACCUCACCGCUGCAUUAGUAGCUGCCAGUCCUACUCAACCUUCAGCUCGGAGAACUUCUCUGUGUCAGAUGGAGAGGAAGGGAACACAAGUGAUCAUUCGAACAGCCCGGAUGAGCUGGCCACAAAGCUGGAAGAUGAGCUGGCUGAGAAGCUGGAGGACAUGUUGUCCCAGACUCCAGAGAUUCCUAUUGAAAUCUCCACCCAGUCUGAUGGGCUUUCAGACAAGGAGUGUGCUGUGCGGAGAGUCAAGACUCAGAUGUCUCUGGGCAAACUUUGUGCAGAUGAACACAGCUGUGAGAACCCAGCACAGUUUGGAGAAUCAGACUGUGACUCUUCUGAAGGGGAGUGUUCUGAUGCCACAGUCAGGACCAAUAAGCCCUGCAGCUCUGCUACUUGGUAAUACAGAUCUCCCCAAAGCUUCCUGAUACUGGCAUUUUGAUUUCCCUGAGAUUCCACUUCAUUCCCCUUCAUCACACUUUACAGGAAGAGAAGAUGCUUCUCCUUCCCACCCCAGGAGUGAUUUGCAAUAACCCGAAUCUCUGGAAAAUGUCCAAAUGAAAUUAAUUCUCUUUGAGCAUUUCAAUCAAGAAUGGCAGGGAUGUAUUUUAUUGAAUAAUCUAGUUACUGUAACAUGGAUAUUUAUUUUUUUGACAUUUUAACACUUUUUACUGUAAAGAGUGGAUUGUAUUUAUAGACACACAGACUUGUUGCAAAAAAUAAUUCAGAAAGCAAGCACAUUACAGAGAAACAUCCUGGGAGUCCUGCCUGGACAGCUUUGUGUACAGACGCAGGGGGAUUCUCUUGCUGCUUUCACAGGGGACCAGGCCUUGUGGCCGUGAAGAUUGGAGAACAGAUCAAGAAAACUAAACCACUCAGUCUUAUCAAAUAAGUAAGCAUAAAAAGACCUUACUAUAGGGUAACCUGUGAACAAAGCGUAUUCAGUAUAACCAGCUGGGUCAUUUUUAAUCAGAAGGUGGACAUGUUCCUGGAGAAAAUUGGUACCGAGGUGCUAACAUCCAGGGUCUUCUGAGUCAAUACAUCCCCAGGAAUGUACUAGUGGGUUUUAUUUUAAGGAUUUUUAGUUUCUUUUUUUUAAUCAGCAUUUUGUUGUGAGAUCCUGCAAAUGUAUUCUAACCUCGUCCUCAAGAAUUGGUAUAAGAGCACUUCUUAACAUCGUCCUUGCUUCCCUCUGGCAGUGUUUAUCUCCAGUCGAGCAGGGAAACCUCUUUCAGAUGCAGCGUGCCAUUUCCCAGUUUACUUCCUCCUCUUACCUCCUGUCUGUUUCAGUCAAAGAAAUCAAUCAAAUCAGUGUUGGAAAAGCAAGAACUUGCAAACAGUGGAAAGCACAUUCUGUAGAGCCUGAGCACUCUUCUGGGGAGGAAACUGGACAUGCCUGUACUGGACUUGGAGAAGCAGUCUCUCACCUACAACAGCAUCGAUAACCAGCAGAGAGCUGUGUGUUGAGGGGGAAGACUGGGAAUCACUGGCCUAGAGAAGAGCAUUGGCCCUGCUCUGUCUUCUUAUUCACUGUACAUUCUUGAAAGCAUUAACAGCUGCCUGCCCUUCAUGUCAGGCUUUGUGCAAAACAGGUUGCACAGGGAAUCUUGAUGGUGUCUGUGGCACAGCUGUGUCUCGGGUGUACCCUGAGGCCUUUGUUUCUUCUUCAAGCUGAAACUCUGCAGGUGAAAGUGAGGAUAGUACUGGUAUGCGACAGGCCGAGACAUUGGCAGAUGAGAAAAAUUUGUUUUCUGAUAGAACUCAUAGUGCCUUCCCUUCAAACACUACUCUUCUAAAUCAAUAUUUAAAGAGAACAAAACGAUAGAGCACGUUUUCCG